AUGGUUCCUCACUCUGAGGACAAGGUUCUUCACACUGAGGACAAGGUUCCUCACUCUGAGGAAAACGUUCCUCACACUGAGGACAAGGCUCCUCACUCUGAGGACAAGGCUCCUCACUCUGAGGACAAGGUUCCUCACUCUGAGGACAAGGGUCCUCACACUGAGGACAAGGUUCCUCACUCUGAGGACAAUGUUGCUCACUCUGAGGACAAGGUUCCUCACUCUGAGGACAAGGUUCCUCACUCUGAGGACAAGGUUCCUCACUCUGAGGACAAGGUUCCUCACUCUGAGGACAAGGUUCUUCACUCUGAGGACAAGGUACCUCACACUGUGGACGAGGUUCCUCACUCUGAGGACAAGGUUCCUCACUCUUAG